AUGUCGGGUGGGGUAGCCCCCAGCAACGACGACGUAGUUAGAGAAGAAACAAAAUACGAACAAAAAACACCACGCUCCAGAAGGCAACCAAAAUCCCAUUUCCUACGUCGCAUAUUCUCCUUCCAACAACUUAACUCCCUUGCCCUGGUGGUGGUGCUCUCUGCCUCUGGCAUGGUCGCCAUUGAAGACUUCGGCUUUGUAGUUCUCUCCUUCUUCUACAUGUACUUCAUGUCCAAGGUCGCAUUUCCCACCCUCUCUCCGGCCCACAACCAAUCCGUUUUUGACGACAACAACAACCUCCUCAUCCUCUACUGUUUCCUUGGAGCUGUCAUUGGGCUAUUUCUUCCGGUAGGAUACAUAUUUGAAGGAAUUCUUGAAGGAGAUAAAGAGGGUAUCAAAGCAGCGACUCCACAUGUAUUCUUGUUGGCUAGCCAGUUGUUUCUGGAAGGGGUGGCGUUUUCCGAUGGGUUUUCGUUGCCGAUGAGGGCGUUGGUGCCUGUGGUGUACAAUUCGACAAGGAUAUAUACGGUGAUGUCGUGGGUGAAAAGUGAGAUAUCGAAGGUGGAUGAUGAGGAUUUCCAUGGGAGUAGAAGAAGGUUGUUAAUUGGAAGAGUGUUGGCGAUUGCUAAUAUGAUGUACUGGAGCUUUAACCUGUUUGGGUUUCUAUUGCCGUUUUAUCUUCCUCGAGCUUUCAAGAGAUACUACUCUGAUGCCAAGAAGAUCAAAGAUAAAGAUCGAUGA